AUGGAUGCCUAUCCAGAUGACUAUAUUGUGCAUAAUCUACCAUUAGUACUGCUAUCCGGCAUCGCGCACGAGGAUGACGAGUCAAUUCCCAACUCCCAAUACCCAUCACUUCAAGAAAGGGGUACGACAAUUGAGUCAGAUUUUCCUCUAUUAACGGGACCACUGGUGGAGAGUUUGCGCACCGCCUUUAUUGAUCAUGAUGCUUCCGAUGCACCAUGGAGGCCGUCUUAUGAUGCUGGAAGGUCAAAUGGGAUUCCCUUAAGGGUAAAGACUAUCAAAAGGUCUUAUCGUCUUCCCCCGCAGAAAGCAGAGUUCCCCUCCGAUGUGGACUUCUCCUCUUCCUCCGUCGUGCCGGUCGUACAUUCUCCAAUCUCGCCAUUGACACCAGGCUCCCCAACUUUCCCCGAUGGAAUAUUGACACCCUUAUGGAUGCUCAAGCAUCAAGACCUAAUACCAGCCGCCACAAUUAAUGUCUUCCCAUUAACCUCCGACCCGAGUAUGACCACGUUGAGGGAUAACCAAUUGAAAAUAGAAUUGAGAGAUUUGAAGGAUUCGUGGAACGCUUCUGGUUAUCGUUCGCGCUUUGUUGUGAUCCUUGUGGCAGAAGAUGGCAUCUCCGCACAGGAAGUUGAAGACCGACUUGCAAAUAUUCGCAGGGCUACAAAUCUAGACCCGAGGUCUUUGCACGUCCUAAACCCCGAUCUAUCACCUGUGGAAGUAAGGGAUUUCGUGCGAUCAUUCCUGUCGUCUAUCCAAGCUUCGCUUGUAGAUUAUUAUCGAGAUUUAUCGAAGCAUGCACGGCGAAAGCGUAAUAGAGGGACUAUACCUCCGCCAACAAUUCCACCUACACAAGGGACAUCACAAACCUUAUCAAUGCAAGGAUGGAAUGUUCGCUACGAAUUCAAGCUCGGGGUAUUUGCUGAGUUUCGUCAGGAAAUGGAAGCUGCUCAACGGAAUUUUGAGGCUGCAUACGAGACAUUGUUUGGACAAGAGGUUUUUGAAUCAAUUGCUGGGUGGAAUCCGAGGUUCAAUGAGGCACGGCUUCUAGGCGAUGUUCUGGCAAUUCGUAUAAUUCGUUGUUUACUUUGGACCAGUCAGCCCACUGCAGCCGUUCGAUUCUGGCUCUGCCACAAGACUAAUACAGAGGAUAUUGUCAGUCGCAGGGGCAAGGGAACCAAGAAUUACGGUUGGGAAGCUUGGGUUGCACGGUGGUCCGCGGUGAUGGCUCAACUCAUUUCACGGGCUGAGCUUCCCGCAUUUUCCGCAGAAUUCCUCCAGAAUCCUGAACGACUCUACGAUUCAAUCUUCCACCCCCCUGAAAAAGGCUUCUCGAGUGACGAAAACCUACUUGCUUGGGAGUAUCUUCAUCAUCAAGGAUAUUGGCUUGACCGAUCCGCUAGACAUACUGUUCGGCGCCGUGAGCUUGCAGAGCAAAUUCCAGAAGAGCACAGAGUUGCGGCAGAUCAAGCACCCGCAUCGCAAGCAGUCGCUCAGUCGCAGUUCUACGAUACAUACUUGGCACCUGAGCCAGCAGCAGAAGCUCCGAAUCCCGAUGGUUCCGGAUUUGAUCAUAACAGUUUGAUACUACAAACGCUCAAAGCAUCUCUACAACAUUUUGCUGCAAGGGAUCAAGUAAGAAAAGUUGAAAGUUUGAGUCUUGAAAUUGCACAAUUUCAUAUUAAUGCAAAGCAAUGGCAAGAGGCAUAUGAUAUUCUGAAGCCACUUUGGCGUCAUCUGACAUGGCGAAAAGGCCAGUGGUGGGAUCUAAUGAGUGAAUUCGCCUGGACAUUGAGAUCCUGCGCGCUUGAGCUACACGACAUUGACAUAUUGAUAUGGGUUCAUUGGGAGCUCAUGAGUAAAGCUUUACCAUCACGAGCCACGUGGGAUUACAAUUUCCAUCAAUGUCUCGAUGGUUUGUCAGUUGGCAGCCCGAAACCCACCAUAGUCCUCAAAGCCGAGGAUGUUGUAACAUGCCUGUCCACCGCAAUGGUCUUUCAAAAGGGUGAAGGCAAUGUUGGCCAAGCGCUACAGCUGCAAUUAGCUAUCACUUCUCAUGCGCAUCAACAUGCCGCGCCUCUCAAGCUGUCUGAAGUCAAAAUUGUCUUCGAAGGCGGUCUACGCCCCAUUACAUUACACGCAAAGGAUGUCACGGAGACUACCAACGAUCCAUCAUCACAAAUCCAUAACCUUAAGUUACGAGAUUCAGCCACCUCCACCGAAUCUUCGACACUGCUAUCUCCAACCGGCCACAUGGCGUCAAUGAUAGGCCAGGCCGACUUGACCUUCAACCCUUCAGAGACCAGAGUGUUCAACAUGACUGCAAUUCCCCGUGAACCGGGUGAAUCACGGAUUGCUUCGAUAACAUUAGCAAUCGAAGAAGAAAACUUCAAUUUCUUAUAUGUGAUAACGAACCAUGAGAGAGACAGGUCUUUCUGGUGGAGGGACGGCCCUCGAGGUUCGUACAAGAAAAGAAUAGGCAAAGGUCGUGACACCGCUAGCUGCAAGAUCCUUCCGAAGCCCCCGAACAUACAAAUACAACUACCAAAUAUCAAACAGCACUAUUAUACCAACGAACGCGUCAGUCUGACCGUGGCCAUACAGAACAAUGAAGACGACGCGGCGGAGGUAGCCAUGCAGAUCAGGGUCCUUGGACAGCCUGACUCGCCGAUCAAGAUAUCGUGGUCUGAUGACGCUGGUGACACUACCGAGUUUGGUGGUGUGAGCGUCGAGACUACAAACCACUUGAAAUCGCGAUCUGUUGGGACUCUGUCUCAAGCCGCUAUUUCUGAAAUUCCGGUCAUACUGUCUAAUACAGUAGAUGCAUUGGAAUACGAGGUUGAGAUAUCAGUCAAUUACUACCUGGUGUCCGACCCGGAGACACCAAUAUCCAAAUCAAUCUCAGCAAACCUUGUCUUCGUCAGACCAUUCGAAGCGAAUUACGACUUAGUGCCCCGCAUCCAUCCCGAUGCCUGGCCCAAUCUAUUCCAGGUAGAUAUCGAUUCUGACGGCGACCAAACCGACAGGCCUGAUGGCUUGCAACAGAGAUGGUGUGUCAGUCCAAAGAUUGUCUCCUUUGCAUCCGAGCCUCUUGUCAUUGAGGGUGUCAGGGUUGGUCUCUUGGAGGCACACGGUGGGGCGUUAUGCGAGAUCGGUCCUGAAAGACUGACAACUCCAGAGGCAGCGCAAAUACUGCCUGAAGAACUCCGAGCUUCUGAAUUCAUUCUCAAUGUGCAAAAGACUAGUCUAGACGACCGAAGGUCCGUGACACUAGACCUGUCACUUGAUAUAGAAUGGCGGAGACUGUCGUCGCCGGAUCAAGAUGAAAACACGACUACAGUGACAUCUCUAGCCAUGCCGCGAUUCAUGAUCCCCAUGGGCGAACCACGUGUUCUUGCCUCCGCAUCACCUUCCAAAGAAACCCCAGGCCUGAUAUAUCUGGAUUACACACUCGAGAAUCCAUCAAUGCAUACUCUGACAUUCUCUCUCACCAUGGAUGCGAGCGAGCAUUUUGCUUUCAGCGGUUCUAAGACUAGAGCCCUUCAAUUGGUCCCUCUCAGCAGGCACAGAGUACGAUAUAACAUAUUCGCAUUCAAAUCUGGCAUGUGGAUUCAGCCCCAUCUUGUUGUGAUCGAUACUUACUUUAACAAAACUCUGCGCGUAUUGCCAACGGAUGGUAUGCGAGCUGAUAAGAAGGGCAUAUUGGUGUGGGUUGAUGCUUAUGACUCCUAA